GUAAAUGGGGGCAUGUCAUGACGUGAAUGAUCAAAGGCGUGUCUACGUACAGAACAGAGAUUGUCGAAUACGUGUUCGGCUGACACACGUUUGAAAACAUACGUAGCCAACUAGAAUUCGACAUCAUUAUACUGGUUCAUAACCCAUAGCGCUUAACUACCAUGGUUCUAUUUGAUAUGUAUAUCUAUAUUCUUCUUGUUUGCAUGCAUGGAACGUACGUAAAUUAUUUCACUUCAGACGUGUUACCCCUCGUGGUCUUGCCCUAAUUUCGAGGCUUCUCCAACCCAAUUUCUCAAUAUUGUGAUAAAUUGAUAGUAGUCGAGUGACACAGUUCAGCUUCUUACUAGACAUCUCAAAAUGUACUCCUCUUGCGUUACAACGAAACACUUAUCACGUGCCAUUUACUGGCAAUCAAUGACUCUUGUCUAGAUUUUAGAGAUGAAGUUUCUCCCCGUUUUAAAAUUCCAGAUGUCUUCGAAAUCAAGACAAUUGAAAAUCAUGCUGUUAAUGUUUGACGAUAAUUGAUGAUCUUAGUUAUAGUGACAGACUCCUCACCAAUCACUAAUUAUAACUGUCAAUGAGCUGGUGUAUAGACUUGAAACUGCAUGAACUGAGAUCCCAAAAAUACUACAUGACCAGUUUGGUCAGAUCAAUAGCUCUCAAUGAUUGAACUGUAUUAAUUUUAUACUCAUUUAUUUUGUACCAGCAUUAUGGACUCGCUCGUGAGCCUGUUACACAUACACAUACACUGCUACUUCCAGCACUCAAUUAAAUUCAAUUUACGCUUACAGCGCCAUCUAUAUGUUUGAUGGGAAUUAACACUAUACAAUCUCUGUGUGACCUCUUACCUCUAUCAAUAAACUUAAGGGAACUAGCUUUAGAUUAAACUUUCAAUAAACUCUAACUGAUCUAUCUGAUCAGGAGCAAUGGAUUCCCAAGUGAUUGGUGUUCAAUGUCUCGAAAUCUGCUUCUAUGCAAACCAUCCAACUUUUGCGAGAUCUUUCCUCACGUUGUGCUCUCUACGCUUGCAAAACUCACCCUUUUAACGAUGUUAGAACUGUCGCAUGUGGCGUAAUGUACCCCAGCAUUCUUGUACCAUAAUGUUUGAUGAUUCUGAUAAUAUUAGAUCAUAUGUAAAAGUAGACAUAGUUUAUAUAAUAUACAAAAUAUAUUCCACAAAUAUAUUUCCUGGAAUAUAUUUUGUGGAAAUUUACUAUAAAAACAUCAAAAAAACAUAUAGGCAAAAAAUAACAUAUUUUCCCAAAAAACUCAACGAAGCGAAAAGAUACUGACUAAGCUGAUAUUAUUAUUGGAUAAGAUUUGUUAAGGCACCAUCAAAACGGAAGUUCACAUACUGGAAAAAAAUUUGCGAACAAUGAACUGAGAUUCUACUAUUAUCAAAAAUUUCUUGAUGUUGGCGUUCAAUGGAUUAAAGGUUAAACUUAUUUAAAUAAAUAAAAUUAAAAGCAGUCAGAUUGAAAUAAAAAAAGUUUAUGCAAAUUUUAUUGAGAUAAAAGGUAGCAUAGUCCAAGGUUCUCGAAAGAUAAUACAGCGUCAAAUCAGGCGGCCACAUUUAUUUAAAUAUUUAUAACCUUCAUUAGAUAACGUUUUCGUGCAAAAUAAAGAGCUACAUAUUUUUGGUUAUGGAAAAUUUGCUGGACAAGUGGCAAAAGUAUUCGAACUCAAACGAAGCUGUCGAGACCGAGUCAUCUGCACCAGGAGAGUCUUGUGAAAAGAUUUCGGAUCGUACUUUUUAAAUGAUUGUUUGAGAGCGGAACACUUGGCAUCCCUGCUUGAAGUUUUCACCUUUCGACUAUCUUAUUAUUAGAUAUCAACUAUGGAAAAUAGCUACGACACUAUGAUGGCGGCUAAAGGUUUCCUGCCUUACAAGAUGGGUUACCUGACUGAUUGGAUGGCGAAAAAAGCAGAGGAAGAACUAAAUGAAACUGAAGAAAGUCGUGCACAGGCUCUCACAGAACUCAGGAGAUUGAUAGCAAAAGAAAGAAACCUGGAAAUUUGGACUGAUGACUCUUACUUGCUGCAGUUCCUACGAGCAAGAAAAUUUGAUCCGGAAAGAGCGAUGGAACUCAUUCACAAUUUAUAUACAAUGUUUAAGGACAAUCCUGAUAUAUACCCUAAGCAACUUGACACGAGCAUAGCAGAUACUAUUUGUGAGGCAGACGCUGGUGGUGCCUUUCCCUAUAGACAUAAAGAUGGUGGCGUCGUCGUUUUUUUAAAAGCUG